CACACCGAGGGCACAGGACACCGGGGGCGGGCCGUCCUGCGGAGCCGCCCCGACAGGCGGGCGGGGACCGCACGGGCUCUCGGGGCCAUGUGGAGCCCGGCCCAGCUGUGCGCCCUGGGCCGGCGGCGCCCCGGGCCCUCCGUGCCGCUGCAGCCCCUGACCCGCCUGCUCCAGAGGGAAUAUCGGGAACAACCCCCGAUCCGCCUGCUCCAGAGGGAGUAUCGGGAGAAAACCCCUUUCUGCCUGCUCCAGAGGGAAUAUCGGGAGCUGCCGCUGCUGGGGCAGGGCUGGGGAAGGACGCAGCACUUGCCUCCCCGCCGGUUUUUAAGCAAUAAACCCAAAUCCAGGUGCCAUCCCAAAACAUUCCCGGUUCUAGACGGACGUGUCCCCGCCGCGUACCGAGAUGCGUUCCAAGAGAAUUUAAGGAACAGCGAGGCUGCGAUUAAAAGGUACUCGGAGCUGCUGGAGAGGCUGAAGGAAGGAGGGGGUCAAAACGCCGUCCUGCGGCACACGCAGCGCAACAAGAAGGUGUUCGUGCGGGAGCGCCUGAGGCUGCUGCUGGACGAUGCGCGUUUCCUGGAGCUGUCCCCCCUGGCAGGGCUGCACAUGCCCUACGGGGAUGUCCCUGCUGCCGGCUGCCUCACGGGAAUUGGCAGAAUCAGUGGGGUCUGGUGUGUCUUCAUUGCAAAUGAUGCCACUGUGAAAGGAGGAACCAUUUACCCAAUUGGAGUGAAAAAGCAAUUGAGAGCCCAGGAAAUCGCCAUGGAGAACAGGCUGCUGUCUGUGCACCUGGUGGACAGUGGGGGAGCCUUCCUACCCCUGCAGUCAGAGCUGUUUCCUGACAAGCUGCACGGUGGCAGAGUUUUCUACAAUGAGGCAAUCAUGUCUGCCAUGGGAAUCCCUCAGGUGGCCGUGGUGUGUGGCUCCUGUGUGGCUGGAGGUGCCUAUGUGCCCACCAUGGCCGAGGAAUCCGUGAUCGUUGAUAAAAUUGGGACACUGUUCCUGGCUGGACCACCCCUGGUGAAAGCUGCCACGGGAGAAGAUGUCUCUCCUGAGGACCUUGGAGGAGCCAGGCUUCACUCACAAGUCAGUGGCUGCAGUGACCAUUUUGCACCCUCAGAAGAGGAGGCCUAUGAGUGCAUUCGUAAUGUUGUCUCUACCUUAAACUAUGAGCCAGUGCCAGAGCAGGACAGGGAGCCUGACAGUCCCUUGUACAGCCCUGAGGAGCUCCUGGGCCUGGCACCACUGGGCUACAGCUGCACUCUUCCUGUCAAACUGAUCCUGAGCCGGCUGGUGGAUGGAAGCAGAUUCCAGGAAUUCAAGGCUACUUAUGGAACAACAUUGGUGACAGGAUUUGGCCAUGUGGAAGGGCACUUGGUGGGGAUAGUGGCCAGCAAUGGGGAGCUGGCUCAUGAUGCUGCUCUCAAGGGCAGCCACUUCGUCCAGCUCUGUGGCCAGAGGGGAAUUCCCAUCCUCUUCCUCCAAAACACUGCUCCACAGCCAGCAGGGCCUGCAAGCAUCUCCCAGGCAGAGGCUCAUUCCAACAGGCUGAAGGCCCAGGCCUCCAUGAUGGCUGCAGUUGCCUGUGCUGCUGUUCCCAAAAUAACCAUUGUCAUUGGAGGCUGUUUUGGGAGUGACAGCUACGUCAUGUGUGGGAGAUCAUUCAGUCCAAACUUUCUGUUCCUGUGGCCCAAUGCAAGAGUUGGUCUUGUGGAUUCUCAACAUUUCCCCACAGUUCCCCCAGCUGGGGACUGGACAGGAGAGGAGCUGGAGCUAAAACAGCUGAAGGCAAAGCUAGAGGAAGAAAGCAGUGCCUUUUACUCCUCUGCCAGGCUCUGGGAUGAUGGGAUCAUUCUUCCUCAAGACACCAGGAAGGUGAUUGCCCAGUGCUUGGAGAUCAUGGAACAGAAGAAGUACCACGCUGUGUCUCCCCGUUCCCAUCCCAUAAUCAGGAUGUAACAGACCCCUCAAACCAGAACCCUCUACCAGAACUUUGAGUAUAAAGAUUUUCUAAUUCUUUGAUACCAUUAAUAAAAGUGUUGAACAAU